CAAUGAGCUUAUUCUCUACAUUCCAUGGUCCCUUGCGUCCGUAUAGCGCAUGCGCUUCGCGUUAAUAAAUAAUUAAUGAAAUGCAUGCAGGUGACCGACAAAAUCGAUCAGUUGGUCUCUCAAGACUCCUGGGAGUCAUUUGAUCUGCCGGAUACCGUUACACUGCGCCCCAUUCCUGACGUUGCCCGCUUCUCGUCUCCUCCUGUAGCUGUUGUAACAGCUCGAAACCUUUCUCGUUUAUUGCAUGUGCAUAGAGUCAAGAAGGAAAAUGAACAUUUUGUUGCAUCGGAUUCUGCUGGCGACUGUUCUCAUAUUCACGGCAUUUGAGAAGAGAGCACAGAGUGCAGUGUGUAACUCACGCUGUGGCACCGGUAUAUAUCACACAGCCGGUUCUUGUCAGUCUAGCGGACGUUGUCUCUGCUGGUGGGGAUUCACUGGACCGAAUGCAGUAUACAUUGUCAACGGAAAUUUACACCAUCGGAUCCUGGCUGACCACUGUACGGUGGCAUGUACUUACAAUCAAGCCUACUACGACAAGCAAUGUGCUAGUCUGCCAGGGACCAGCACAGCAGCACCAAAGACUACAACAACAGCGCCACAGACUACGACAGCAGCACCACAGACUAACACAGCAGCACCGCAGACUACCACAGCAGCACCACACAGUACCACAGUGUGUAACUCGCUCUGUGGCACGGGUAUCUAUCAUGCAGCCGGUUCUUGUCAGUCUAGCGGACGUUGUCUCUGCUGGUGGGGAUUCACUGGACCAAAUGCAGUAUACAUUGUCAACGGAAAUCUACACCAUCGGAUCCUGGCUGACCACUGCACGGUGGCAUGUACUUACAAUCAAGCCUACUACAACAAGCAAUGUGCUAAUCUGCCAGGGACCAGCACAGCAGCACCACAGACUACGGCAGCAGCGCCACAGACUUCGACAGCAGCACCACAGACUACCAUAGCAGCACCACACAGUACCACAGUGUGUAACUCGCGCUGUGGCACGGGUAUCUAUCAUGCAGCCGGUUCUUGUCAGUCUAACGGACGUUGUCUCUGCUGGUGGGGAUUCACUGGACCGAAUGCAGUAUACAUUGUCAACGGAAAUCUACACCAUCGGAUCCUGGCUGACCACUGUACGGUGGCAUGUACUUACAAUCAGGCCUACUACAACAAGCAAUGUGCUAAUCUGCCAGGGACCAGCACAGCAGCACCACAGACUACGACAGCAGCACCACAGACUACCACAGCAGCACCACAGACUACCACAGCAGCACCACAGACUACCACGGCAGCACCACAGACUACCACAGCAGUAGUGGUGCCACACACAGGCACAGCAGCACCUGAGGCUGUGUGUCCUACAUUGACGUUUGGUGCUAUGUGCUCUCAGACGUGUAACUGUUCGUCAAAUUCUGUCUCUUGUAAUAACGUCAGUGGCCAGUGUAACUGUGUACCGGGCUACAAAGGAUUACGAUGUGAAGAAGCGUGUCCCAAGGGUUUGUUUGGUCAUGCGUGUGGUCAGCAGUGUACGUGUCAGAAUGGAGCCGAAUGUGAUCACGUGACUGGAAACUGUAGCUGUACAGCUGGAUGGACGGGAAACGAUUGCGAUGAUGAGUGUCCAGAGGGAACGUUCGGCUCUGACUGCUUGAUGGAAUGUUCUUGCUUAAAUGGUGGGACGUGUGACAGAGAGCAAGGAAUUUGUUUGUGUACGCCAGACUACACGGGUGCCAACUGUGAAACACAUACAACAUAUGACACUCUUCCAUCUCCAUCGUCAUCACCUCAAGUUGAAAAUCCCUGCUUAUCUUCGUUCUGUCUAAACGGUGGCUCAUGUGAAGUGCAACUUAGCUCACCCGUCUGCACUUGUACUAUCUUCUGGACUGGUGAUCAGUGCGAAAACCCAAGUCAUCCUGAGUGCCUUUCUGAGCAAACAGAAGAAGAGAUAGUUAUCUGUGUUGAAAUAGCAGAAUCAAAGGCUAGGGAUACGGAGUCUUCUAACCAGCAGGUUUACAUUGCUGUUGGGGUAGUUAUUCCACUUGUCAUUGCUCUCUUGAUCGUGGUCUUUGUCUACUAUUGCUACAAGACACGAAGUAAAAUGCAUGAUAGUGAAGAUGGUGACACUAAAGACAAAAAGUGCACACUGUUUCAGAAUCCUGCAUACGAUAAACUACCUGCUGCACAACAGAAAACUAGUAGUGAGACUGGAGCCAACACUGACAAUCCGUUAUACAGUGACGUCAUUGACAUACCAACCAGCAGUCACCAUGAACAAACAGGAGGCUAUAAACAACCUGCUCAAUUAGAUCAUGAAGAGCCUGUUCAAUCGGAAGGCGUUGCUGGGGUGGAUGAUCCAGUGAACAAAGAGAGCAACCCAAUCAAUGAGAGUGGAGACAUAAUUUCAUCGUCCGAUAAUAAGGUCAAUAUGAGCAGCAACCAAGAUCCUUACGACAAGCAAACAAACAUAGAAUGUAACACGUCUCAUUCUGCUUCUAAUGUUAAUGACAACUACGAGAGUGUUCCCAGUCAGCAGGCUGAUGGAAGUGUGAAUAUCAAUGACAAGUCGGGUGAUGGUUUGUAUGAAGAACUUUCGUAGUGUUUACAAUUUUCUCACAUUUUGAACAUUAAGGCAAGGUGCGUCGUUGCGUCAUUUCAAUAACCAAUGAUAUGCAUGCGCACGUUCAUUGUGCAAAAACAUAAUUUAGUUAAUUAAUAUGUCAGACAAUUCACGAAUUGCUGAUAUCGUUUGGUUUAGAUAUGUGGUUGUAUUAUAUUAUAUCUUGUGGUUGAAAUAAAUAUUUAAUUACAACAGA